AAAACAACUGCUGUUUUUUCUCUGGUUCUCUACUAAGAAAUGACUUCACUUUCUCUUCGACUCAAAUUUUCUCUGUAUCCUCACAAUAGAAAAUUUCAUUUCCAGCCCCAAAGUGAGUUUCAGAUAAUAACCUUUCCCAGGAAAGUAAAAUUAAAGAUUAGCUGUUCUGCUACAAACCCGCAACAGCAAGAAGAAAAGCGAAGGGGAAACAACCCGAAGAAGAAGAAGAAAAAUGUAGCUGGAAGUGAGAAAGGGGUUGACCCAGUUGGAUUCUUAACGAAACUCGACAUUACCCAUAAAGCUUUUGCUCAGUUUCUCCGGGAAAGGCAUAAAUCGUUGAAGGACCUUAAAGAUGAAAUCUUUAACCGCCACCUUAAUCUUCAGGAGAUGGCUUCUGGGUAUGAGAUAUUGGGUAUGCAUCGAAAUGUGGAACACCGUGUUGAUUAUAUGGAUUGGGCUUCAGGUGCCCGCUAUUGCUCACUGGUUGGUAACUUUAAUGGGUGGUCACCAACAGAGAAUGCUGCAAGGGAGGGUCAUUUUGGCCAUGAUGAUUAUGGAUACUGGUUUAUCAUUCUUGAAGAUAAAUUAAGGGAAGGAGAAAAACCAGAUGAACUCUAUUUUCAGCAGUAUAACUAUGUGGAUGAUUAUGAUAAAGGUGACAGUGUUACUAUUGAAGAAGUUCUUGAAAGAGCAGAUGAUGAGUACUGGGAACCUGGAGAGGACCGCUUUAUUAAGAACCGGUUUGAAUUGCCAGCAAAGUUAUAUGAGCAGCUGUUUGGUCCUAAUGGACCUCAAACAAUUGAGGAAUUAGGAGAAAUACCAGAUCCUGAAACAAGAUAUAAGGCAUGGAAAGAACAGCAUAAAGAUGAUCCUCCAACUAACUUACCUCCAUUUGAUGUCAUUGAUGAUGGAAAGGACCAUGAUAUUUUUGAUGUUGUAGCAGAUCCUGUGUGGCAAGAGAAAUUUCGUGCCAAGAAGCCUCCCCUGCCAUACUGGAUGGAAACACGCAAAGGAAGGAAGGCAUGGUUGAAAAAGUACACCCCAGGUAUUCCUCAUGGAAGCAAGUAUAGGGUUUAUUUCAAUACUACCGAUGGUCCUCUAGAACGAGUGCCUGCUUGGGCUACUUAUGUUCAACCAGAUGCAGCAGGAAAGCAAGCCUAUGCCAUACACUGGGAACCUCCUCCUGAAUGUGCAUACAAAUGGAAGAACAUGUCCCCUAAGGUGCCAAAGUACUUACGCAUAUAUGAAUGCCAUGUUGGUAUAAGUGGAUCAGAGACUAGAAUAUCUUCUUUCAAUGAUUUCAUUGAGAAGGUCCUUCCUCAUGUAAGAGAAGCUGGAUACAAUGCAAUCCAGUUGAUUGGAAUCGCUGAGCACAAAGAUUAUCACACUGUUGGUUAUAGAGUCACAAAUUUUUAUGCUGUUAGCAGCAGAUAUGGCACACCUGAUGACUUUAAGCGCUUGGUUGAUGAAGCACAUGGAUUAGGACUGCUUGUCUUUUUAGACAUUGUGCAUUCCUACUCAGCUGCUGAUGAAAUGAUUGGACUUUCAAGAUAUGAUGGAUUAAAUGAUUGCUACUUUCAUAGUGGUAAACGAGGGCAUCAUAGACACUGGGGUACCAGGAUGUUCAACUAUGGUGAUCUAGAGGUUCUGCAUUUUCUUCUCUCAAAUCUCAACUGGUGGGUUGUGGAGUAUAAGAUUGAUGGUUUCCAGUUUCAUUCUCUCGCAUCCAUGUUGUACACACAUAAUGGUUUUGCUUCCUUUACUGGUGAUCUAGACGAGUACUGUAAUCAAUAUGUUGACAGGGAAGCCUUAAUGUAUCUCAUUUUGGCAAAUGAGAUACUGCAUGCUCUGCAUCCUAAUAUAAUAACAAUUGCUGAAGAUGCAACAUUUUACCCCGGGCUAUGUGAACCAACUUCUCAAGGAGGAUUAGGAUUUGACUAUUAUGUCAAUCUUUCUGCAUCUGAGAUGUGGUUAUCUUUACUUGACAAUACUCCUGAACGUGAAUGGAGCAUGACCAAGGUUAUCAGCACCUUGGUGGGCAAUAGACAGUAUGCAGAUAAGAUGGUUAUGUAUGCUGAAAAUCACAACCAAUCUAUAUCUGGAGGAAAGUCAUUUGCAGAGAUAUUGUUUGGGAGAAUCCAAGAGAACUCUCCUCACUCAGAGGAAUUGUUGCUUAGAGGGUGUUCAUUACACAAGAUGAUCAGACUGAUCACAUGCACAGUCGCAGGUCGUGGUUACCUCAACUUUAUGGGCAAUGAAUUUGGACAUCCAAAGAGAGUCGAGUUCCCGAUGGCCAGUAACAACUUCUCAUUUUCUCUUGCUAAUCGUCGAUGGGAUUUGCUAGCAAAUGGAGGAAUGUAUCAAGAUUUAUUUUUCUUCGAUAAGGACCUCAUGAAGUUGGAUAAAAAUGAAAGGGUACUUUCUAGAGGAUUUCCAAACGUUCACCAUGUGAACGAGACCAAUAAGGUAAUAUCCUACCUAAGGGGACCUCUUCUCUUCAUAUGUAAUUUUCAUCCCACAGAGUCAUAUGAAAGAUACAGUGUAGGAGUGGAUGAAGCUGGCGAGUAUCAAAUCAUAUUGAAUACUGAUGAAAGAAAAUAUGGAGGCCAAGGACUUAUAAAGGAGGACCAGUACAUUCAAAGAUCCAUUAGUAGAAGAGUUGAUGGUCUACGAAACUGCCUAGAGGUGCCUCUGCCUAGCAGGACUGCCCAGGUUUACAAGCUAACUCGGAUUCUAAGAGUAUGAACCACUUCACAUUCUGGCUGGAACUGCUGGGUGGAGUUCAAUGAAUGAAAAAGCAAACGGCAGUCGCUCACUCAUUAUUGCAUACCAGCAUUCAGUUAAAGUUGAAAAUGGUUCACUGAAGAGGAGUCAUCCUGAAUUUUUAACAACCAAAUUAGCAGAUGAAAUGGAAUAACUCUAUCUUCCAAUUCUCCUCAUAAUGUGGUGCUCACCUCUAUACAAUCUAGCAGCUACUGCUGCCUACUGGUGGGACAUUGGACAUUGGAUAUGGGACAUGGUUGCCUGAAACUUCAUUGUCUGGAUGCUGGAUGUAUGCAACAAUCAAAUUCAAGGUUUCUACAACACUAAAUCAUUAGUUCUUAGUAUUUAUAUAGAGUACCGUUUUUACCAUUGUCAUAGGUAGGGUACCGCUGUUGGAUCAGUUCAGUCGGAACUCAGGCCGACAAGCCUUUGUUCAAUAAUACUUUUUAGUGUUUUAGUUUUUAGUUUUUAUAUUUUUUUAUUACUUUAAAAGUAUUUAUAUUAGAUAUAUUUUAUAUAUUUUUAAGAUAUUAAAAAACUAAAAAAUCAACCACUGCAAUUAUU